CUCAUCCUCGUAGCGACACGAGUGUUUGUUAUUUACUUCCCGGAGUUCCCUCGUUUUUUGUAUUGUCCCUUGAUAUGUUUCAUAUUACUCAGAUUUUUUUAGUCGAUUUUUAUGCUUUGUUUUGUCAUUUACAUGCAAGCCCAUUUCAGACCACAUGUUCACACAUUAAUCUUGCGAGAUAAUUCCUGAUAUUAUGGCAUGGAAUGAUACCGAUGGCCCUUUAUAUUUUUAAUUAUUUAUUAAUUAUUUCUCUGCCUAAUUUUCAUAUAGUUAGACCCGUAGGGUGAAGAAUCCCAAGAUUAUCCUUGUUUUCGAGCAAAUCGAGAGAUUCUCAGAACAUAUUCAAAGGAGCACAAUAUAAUCAAUCUUGGAUUGCGUAUGUAGCUAGUUAUAAUUAUCUUUUAUUGGGGGUGUGGAAUUGUAAUUGUGGAUUAAGGUUGAAGGGGGUAGUUGAGAUUUGUAGUUUAAUGGAGCUUAAAUUGUAUAGUUCGAAGUCGUUAUCUGUUAAAACAGAGAUGAUGCUUUCGAGCUCUUUUCUCAACUCGAAACACACUGUUAAACUCAUUCCACGCUUGUGUUCCUGGAGAGGCAUUUUUCCAAAGGCUUCUUGUUCAAGAACUUCCCAAAAGGCUAUCAACUCAAUUAGCCACGAAAAUAUUUUAGACUCUUAUUCAUACAAGGUCUAUAGAACAAAUGGUUCCAGUUCAAAAAUGUACAUUAAAGAUAAGAGAGUUCUCGAUGCAAUUGAUGAUAUUUAUGAUGGAGUUGUUGUAAUUCCUGAAAGACUUCCAUCUAAUCCCAAUGUAUUUGCCUCCAUGCUUCGUUCAUCAAUUUGCCAUUGGAAAAUAGAGGGAAAGAAGGGUAUUUGGCUUAAGCUGCCUGUAGAAAAAUGUGGACUUGUUCCAAUAGCUGUACAGGAAGGAUUCAAGUACCACCAUGCAGAAAGAUCUUAUAUCAUGAUGACUUAUUGGAUCCCCGACGGGCCCUGCCUGCUUCCUUCUAAUGCUUCACAUCAAGUCGGAAUCGGUGGAUUUGUGAUCAAUGAAAAAAAUGAGGUACUCGUAGUACAAGAAAAACAUUGUGCUCCAGCACUUCUUGGUCUCUGGAAGAUGCCAACUGGUUUCAUUCUUGAGUCCGAGGAAAUAUAUACAGGAGCCGUAAGAGAAGUUAAGGAGGAAACAGGAAUUGAUACAGAAUUUGUGGAAGUCGUAGCUUUCAGGCAUGCUCAGAAUGUGUCUUUCGAGAAAUCAGAUUUGUUCUUCAUCUGCAUGUUAAGACCACUGUCAACACAGAUCGUGGUCGAUGAUCAUGAAAUUCAAGCAGCCAAGUGGAUGCCAUUAGACGAGUUUGUGGAGCAACCAUUAAUCCAAGGAGACAGCAUGUUCAAGAAAAUAGUUGAGAUUUGCAUUGCGCGGAUUAAAAAGUGUUAUUGUGGAUUAUCAGUUCAUCAAUUGGUUUCUAAAUUUGAUGGCAAGCUCUCCUCAUUGUACUUCAACAUAGUUGAAGAUAGAGAUUCUAAUUGCCAGGCGAGAUGAUGCAUAAAACAUUCCUUGCUCGUUUUGCUUAAACUUGAUCGAGUUGUUUAAGGUUGCCUGGGGUAGAAAGGUUGUGUAAGGCUACUUCUCUCCCUAUCUUUUAAUUUUCAUUUUCAUUUUUCCUUUUUGAGGUGUCUAAAUAUGUAACCAUCUUACAAUGGAGUGAUGGGUAAUAUUGGAUGCGUCAACUGACGCUUUGUACAUAUACCAUAACAUUGAAUGUUGAUAUGCUGUCCAUAUAUAUUUAAAUAUCUUCAUGUGGGAUUAAUUUCAAUUA